AUGCCACAAGGACGGCAAUCAACUCUUGGCAAGUUCCUCGGGAACAAGCAAGACGGCAAUAAAUCUAAAACUCAGUCUACCCUCUCCUUCAACCAGAAGUCAACAUCUAACGGCAAGAAAGUGGAUGACCCACACGAGGAAGAGGAUGAUGGGACCCCUGAGCCGAGAAAAGAACUCGCGGAUGAUGUCGACAAUGGCAAGGAUGAAAGUAACGAUUCACCAAGUAGAAAACACAAGCUAGAGGAUGAGGAGGAGGAGGAAGAUUCUGAUGAUCAGCCUGUGGUCAAGAGACGGAGAACAACAUCUGCAUCCAAAGACAAGCCAACAGAGUCCCCAAAGACGAAUGGUGUGGCAUCAAAGUCGAAAUCUGACGCCAACACUGAAAAGAUAUCUUCGAAAACGGUCAAAUCAGAGCAGGAGGAACCAGAAUCGUCAGAUCGGAACAGCAGCGUCUCAGAAGCCGAAGAUGAUGUCUCUGCAAGUGAGGAUGAGAAUCCCAAGGUCGAUAAGAAACAAGUCGCCAAAGUUCAGGCCACCAUCAAAUCAACGGGAAAGGACCCCUAUCCAGAUUGGAAGGCUGGCGAACCCGUCCCCUACGCGGCGCUGUGCACAACCUUCUCCUUGAUCGAACUCACGACAAAGCGGCUACAAAUCACAGCCUAUUGUUCGGCUUUUCUGCAGCAGGUGCUCCGGUUGACCCCUCAGGAUCUCCUGCCUACGAUCCAACUCAUGCUGAACAAGCUCGCCGCUGACUAUGCCGGGAUCGAACUUGGAAUAGGGGAAUCCCUGAUCAUGAAAGCCAUCGGAGAGAGUUCGGGCCGCUCACUAUCGGUCAUCAAGGCGGAUCAUCAAAAGAUUGGUGACCUGGGUCUGGUAGCUGCCAAGAGCAAAUCUAAGCAGGGCCAGAUGUUCAAGCCGAAGCCGCUCACUGUCCGAGGCGUCCAUCAGGGAUUACUCGAUAUCGCCAAGAUGGAAGGGCACGGCUCCCAAGACCAGAAAGUUCGAGCUAUCAAUAAACUCAUGGCGUCUGCAGAUGUCUCAUCCACAAGCAAAACUGUCGACAUCACCAAGGACAAAGGAGGACCGUCUGAGGCCAAGUUCUUGGUUCGUUUCCUUGAAGGAAAACUGAGACUAGGCCUGGCGGAGAAAACCGUCAUCAUUGCCCUCGCACAGGCUGUAGUGACUCACGAGGCUGCGAAAGAUGGCAAGGUACCAACCACGGAUCAAUUGGCGCAGGGUGAGGCCGCCCUGAAAAUGGUUUACAGUCAGCUGCCUUCGUAUGAAGUGAUCAUUCCAGCAAUGCUCGAACAUGGCAUUUUCAACUUACACGAGACGUGCAAGUUGCAGCCGGGAGUGCCCCUGAAACCCAUGCUUGCCAAACCGACCAAGUCUGUCACUGAGGUGCUUGACCGCUUCGAGGGCAAGAACUUCACAUGCGAAUACAAAUACGAUGGGGAGCGUUCGCAGAUCCAUUACAUUGCCCCCGAAGCCAUGUCCGAGUAUCCAGCAGCACAGAAUACACUAACCAAGGAUCCAAAGGCAUUCAAAGGUCUGGCAGCCGUGUUCUCGAGGAACUCUGAGGAUCUGUCCAAAAAGUACCCUGAUAUCCUGGAGAAACUCAACACCUGGGUUAAGCCUUCAACGAAGAGUUUUGUGCUGGACUGCGAAACCGUCGCCUGGGAUCCUCAAAACAAGAAAGUCCUACCCUUCCAACAGCUCAUGACCCGCAAGCGCAAAGAUGUGAAGACAUCUGAAAUCACUGUCAAAGUCUGUGUCUUUGCCUUCGAUCUGCUCUUUUAUAACGGUGAAGCGCUAGUACAGAAGACAUUCCGUGAAAGACGAGAAAUACUACAUGAUGCCUUUGUGCCAACAGAGGGUGAAUUCCAGUUUGCCCAGUUUGGCGAUGCGAAGGACGUCGAAGAGAUUCAGCACCUGCUCGAUGAUGCUGUCAAGGCAUCCUGCGAAGGGUUAAUGGUGAAGAUGCUCGACACGGAAGAAUCAGCUUACGAGCCGUCCAAACGGUCGAGGAACUGGCUCAAAGUGAAGAAGGACUAUCUCGCUGGCAUUGGCGACUCCUUGGAUCUCGUGGUGCUAGGAGCUUAUCACGGCAAAGGUAAGCGCACUUCCUGGUAUGGCGCUUUCCUCCUUGCGGCGUACAACCCAGACACCCAAACCUUCGAAACAGUCUGCAACAUCGGCACCGGCUUCUCAGAAUCCCUGCUCGAGGAGCUUGCCAAGGAGCUCUCGGAGAUCGUGAUUGAGCGUCCCAAGCCCUUUUACUCUCAUUCGACUGUGAAGAACGAUCAACCAGACGUCUGGUUCGAGCCGCGCCAUGUCUGGGAAGUGAAGACCGCAGAUCUUACGUUGAGUCCCAGAUACAGGGCCGCGAUCGACGAAAUGGGCGGCAAGAACGGGAUAAGCCUCAGGUUUCCUCGGUUCAUUCAGCGGAGAGACGACAAGAAGCCGGAAGAGGCGACGAGCAGCGCCCAAGUAGCAGAGAUGUAUCGGAAGCAGGAGGUCAUGCAGAAGGAGCAGUCGAGCAAAACUGGCGUGGAUGACGACUUUGAGUAUUAG